GAUGGACAGCAAUAAAAGUAUUGUUAAGUUCAAAUCUUCUACAUUUAUGCUAUUUUGACAAAUGUCCUGCAAUCUAUACGUCCCUGCAAGCAUUCCAAAACAUGCACAACGUCAAGCCAGCCAAUCGACGGAACAAAGUAUUUCCACCACCGCUGCACCAAGCUCCCACCUUACAAAUAAUAGCCAUGAACCUCUUUCUUAUCCAUACUCCAUACCCUCACAACCCAACCAUGCGCCAUAACCACUUUCACUAAUCCUCCCCGAGAUUCGCCAUGUCCAACGAAGACGCCCGCUAUCGUACUUCUACUCAGUAUCGUCACUGGUCAUACACACCGUCCGCACUCCGUUCCCUACGCGAAAGCACAAAUGCCCUAGCUACAACCCAAGUUCGAGAUGCCGUUCGACGCGCCAGAGAAGCUCGUGCUGCAUCCUCAAAUGAUAAUAGUGAAGCAGAGAAUAGCAGGUCUGCUAGUACUGCGCUACCGGAUGGAGAUGUGGAUUGUUUGACGGUGGAUGAGGAAUUGAAGUUGUUGGAUUAUUAUUGUAGACAGACGCUACAGCUGGGGGAUCAUUUGGGUGUGCCGAUUGAGGUCAAGGCCACAGCAAUUCAAUACAUCCGCCGCUUCUACAUAAGUCACAGUCUAAUGACCUAUACACCCACUACCAUUCUAAAAACCGGUCUCUUCUUCGCCACCAAGACAGAAAACCACUAUUUCCGCAUCACCAGAUUCGCGAGCGACAUAGGCAAAACAACCACCGAAGAGAUUCUGUCCUCAGAAUUUCUUUUAACCCAAGGCCUCCGCUUCCAGUUUGACAUCCGCCACCCCUACCGCGGUCUCGAAGGAGCCAUCAUGGAACUCCUCGCCAUCUCCACCCACAAAAUUCCCAUCCCCGCAGAACUCGAACCCCAAAGACCCGAAAAUAUGCACAAUUUAACAUUAGAAAGCCACGGACGCGCGCGUCAUUAUCUGAAAACAAGCGCGCUACUAUGUGAUUCCUAUUUCCACUACACGCCCUCACAAAUAAUGUUCGCAUCCCUCUAUCUCGCUUCCGCCCCUUUAGCCACUUUCUACCUCGCGCUAAAAUCCUACAACCCUUCGAAUCCAGAUACAAACACCGCAACAUCUACCUACCAAAAACUCCUCACCCUAAUUAAAAAUCUCGCUCAAACACUCUCCUCAAUCCCCGAAGAACAAACCCCCGAACAAAGACAAGAAAUCCAAGCCCUAGUUAAGAAAUUAAAGAAAUGCAGGAAUCCCGAAAAGGCAGAUUUAGUCGGGCUGCAAAAAAUGAAAAGGGAGGGAGCAGAGGGUAAAGAUGGAGAAGAUGAAGAGAAGAUUAUCAAGAAGAGGAAGAUGGAGCGGGAGCAGAGAUUAAAAGAAGAGCAAGAUUUAUUUGGCGGGAGUUUGAAAUGAUCAUCUAUGAAUGCGGAAUACUAUAAUAAGCUGGGUGGGUAUAUAUAAGACUCUAGCGGGAUUGGCGUUUUCCGAGCUGGUUACAACGGGAAGGUCUGGUGCAUAUUGAAGAGGGGCGUUUAUUGGAUGAUUUAAUCAUACAUAACAUGAUCUCUGUCCAUAAGGUCACAUUUAGGAUGAUUUGUGAUAGGAUCAAGCUUAAGGAACAAUAUCAUGAUAAUAUUGAAAAGGAAAUUUUCAUUCA